CCCUCACCUCUCCGAGGCAGCUGCACCCUGCUUUCCUGGCCAUGCGGUGGCUGUGGCCCCUGGCUGUCUCUCUUGCUGUAGUGUUGGCUGUGGGGCUGACUGGGGUCUUUGGGACGGCCACCUCAUCUCUGGGUGGGCAUAGAGCGAAGGUCCAGGAGCAGCAGAGUCGACCCCGAAGAGGCACCAAGGACGAGGGGCCCAAGGAGGUGCAGCACUAUGUUCCUGGGGAGUGGGCUGAGUACCCCAGGCCCAUCCAUCCUGCUGGCUUGCAGCCCACCAAGACUUUGGUGGCCACUAGCCCCAACCCAGACAAGGAAGGGGCCACCCCAGAUAGUGGACAAGAGCUGAGGGUCAACCUGACCGGGACACCAAGUCAGAGGCUGCAGAUUCAGAACCCCUUGUAUCCGGUGACGGAGAGCUCCUACACUGCCUACGCUGUCAUGCUCCUGGCUCUGGUGGUGUUUGCUGUGGGUAUUGUAGGGAAUCUGUCUGUCAUGUGUAUUGUGUGGCACAGCUACUAUCUGAAGAGUGCGUGGAACUCCAUCCUCGCCAGCCUGGCUCUCUGGGACUUCCUGGUCCUCUUCUUCUGCCUCCCCAUAGUCAUCUUCAACGAGAUCACCAAGCAGAGGCUCCUGGGGGAUGUUUCUUGCCGGGCUGUGCCCUUUAUGGAGGUCUCCUCCCUGGGAGUCACAACCUUCAGUCUUUGUGCCCUGGGCAUAGACCGCUUCCAUGUGGCCACCAGCACCCUGCCGAAGGUGAGGCCCAUUGAGCGAUGUCAAUCGAUCCUGGCUAAACUGGCGGUCAUCUGGGUGGGCUCCAUGAUGCUGGCUGUGCCCGAACUCCUGCUGUGGCAGCUGGCGCAAGAGCCCGCUCCCACCGUGGGAACUGUGGACUCGUGUAUCAUGAAACCUUCAGCCAACCUGCCUGAAUCUCUCUACUCACUGGUGAUGACCUACCAGAAUGCCCGCAUGUGGUGGUACUUUGGUUGCUACUUCUGUCUGCCCAUCCUCUUCACUGUCACCUGUCAGCUGGUGACGUGGCGGGUGCGGGGCCCACCGGGCAGGAAGCCUGAGUGUAGGGCGGGCAAGCACGAGCAGUGUGAGAGGCAACUCAACAGCACUGUGGUGGGCCUGACUGUGGUCUACGCCUUCUGCACCCUCCCUGAGAACGUCUGCAACAUCGUGGUGGCCUACCUCUCCACUGAGCUCACCCGUCAGACCCUGGACCUCUUGGGCCUCGUCAACCAGUUCUCCACCUUCUUCAAGGGUGCCAUCACCCCCGUGCUCCUCCUGUGCAUCUGCAGACCCCUGGGCCAGGCCUUUCUGGAUUGCUGCUGCUGCUGCUGCUGUGAGGAGUGUGGCGGAGCCUCGGACUCUUCGGCGACAGUCAGCGCGGACAGCAAGCUUAAGACGGAAGUGUCUUCCUCCAUCUACUUCCAUAAGCCCAGGGAGUCACCCCCACUCCUGCCCCUGGGCACCCCUUGCUGAGUCUAGGGGGGCAUGGGAGCAGGUGCAGAGGGGUGCCAUCCCAUCUCAAGACAGUCUGCUGAUUCUUUCCCACAGGUCUCACGUCAACUUCUCAUCUUGCUGUUUAGAGAUGGACUUGGCUCAUUUUGUCAAAGUUGGGGCUUGUCAAAGCCCGGUCUGCCAACAGAGCCAUUCUUACGCUCUGCGGGACAUGCCAGCCUUGCCCCUCCCACUUGUAGGUGGAGAUCUGUCUAGGUCAUUAGAGUUGCCCAGAAUCUCAAUUUGACCCUCUCAGAGCCAGGCGUGGCCCUUGGCCCGCCCUCCCUUUGGUCUUGGAAUCUGACUAUAGGUUGGCUGAGG